AAAUGACUGGUACACAGUAAAGUCUUUUGCAACUGGUUUAUUUUCCCCCUUACCUAUAAAUGAGUACACCUACACCGGAUUUGGAACCAGACUGUUUGAAAAUGGCAGCCUCCAUGUUCAGAGGACAUGGAAAGUUAUUACAUCAAAUCUGCCGAAAACACAAGAUUUUUUUGGAUGCAAAACGACGAACCUCUACGUCAUACAUAAUCCUGUUUCCUGAGUUACCCCCAGAUACAGAGGACAGCAAUCCUGUAAUGAGAUGGAAGGAAUUUCCAGAUUUUCCUAAUAUAACCCAUGAAGGAGUUGUAAGGGCUGGUGCUAAACGAUCCAUAGAUUUUGAAGUUCAGCUAGAUAAACAUAUAACUCAGUUAGAGGAUGUACACUACCAGAAGACAUUUGAGUCUGUGUUUAACCGUAUUGAAGAAAUAUUGGUUCCCUUACAGUUUACAUGGUUUACCAGUAGACAGUGCAGUAGUGCUAUAUUUGAUGCCCUGACUCAUACAGAGGAGGGAUUUAAAAGAGCCCACAACAGAUUAGAAAGACAGUAUAUAAAGGCUUUACAUGAGAGAUUUAUAUCUACCAGUUUAGUAAAAGCUGUACAGGAAGUGAAUGAAAAUAGUGAUAAUUUAAAUGAUGCCCAGAAAAGAUUAGUAGACUUUUAUUUAUAUAAUUUGAAAAUAAGUGGAUUUUUGAUGUCAACUAAUGACAGAAGAAAAUAUUAUGAUAAAGUUGGUAGGAGGAACACACAUACUCAUAAUUUUGCGAAGAAAGUUAGAAUAUGUAUGGAUUUAUUUGAACAUUAUGUAGAAGAUGUAAACAUUAUAGAACAGUUGCCUCAGUCACUAGUAUACAUGAUGGCAGAUUAUCCGGAACAUUAUGAAAAAGGGCCUUGGCAAGUGGAACUAUAUGAUCCUAUAUAUAGCCAUUUUAUGUCACACUGUCCGUGUCGCAUAACACGAUGGAAUAUAUGGUAUGCCAAAGUAAAUGUCUCCUCACAGUAUCAUUCUGAGCAAUUUCUUAAUAAUAAUGAGACAAUUUCAGAUGUAAGAGCUCAGAGAUGGGGUCUUGCUAACAAAUUAGGAUAUGCUAAUUUUGCUGAAAUGGUCCAACACAGGACCAUGGCAGGAGGUGUUAAUCAUGUGAUUGAAGUACUAGAAACAAUUAAGACAGUGGCCUACCCAUCAGCACAGCAAGAACUAGCCACACUACAGGAUUAUGCUAACAACAGAGAAUUUUUUCAAGGAGAAUUGAAAGUCUGGGAUUAUGCAUAUUACAAAACUCAAAGAGAAAAGGAUAUUGUUGGAUUAAAUGCUGAUGGAGUGAGAGAAUACUUUCCAGCGCCAUUAGUUUUGAAGGGAUUAUUGGAUUUAUGUUCCAAGUUAUUUCAUAUACAGUUUCAGGAGAACAAAGAAGUUCCAGUAUGGCAUGAGGAUGUUUGGGUGUAUAAUAUCCUGGACAAAGAUGGUUCAUAUAUCAGCACUUUCUAUAUUGAUCCAUACAACAGAAAAGGCAAAAGAAAAACAGCCUGGAUGGAGCCAGGUCGAUUAAGAAGCUUCAUUGGAACAACGCCAUUUUCAUACAUGGGAUUAAAUGUCAUACCUCCAUCCCAUCCUUCAGAGCCAGGCUACAUGACAUUUCAUGAUGUACAGGAAUUAUUUGAGAAUUUUGGUAAUGGCCUUCAACAGAUGUUGACAACAGUACAGUAUUCUGAGUUAUCAGGACAGUAUAACAUUGAGGUCGAUGCUGUUUUCACGGUGGCUAAGUUGAUGAGACGAUGGUUAACAAGACCAGAAGUCCUUAUGAGCAUCAGCUCUAAUCCUAUCACAGGAAAACCAAUGUCUGAAGAGAUGGCCAAAAAAAUAAUAGAAGGUGAAUCUUCCCUUGAUGCCUACAAUAUGUGUUAUGAUCUGUGUAAAAGUGCUUUUGAUAUGGAAUGCCAUGUUCAUCCAUGGAUGACCCAUUGGUAUAAUAUUUUUGAUAAAUGUUGGAAUAAUUACAUGCCUACCCCAUUAGAAGGAGAUGAUUUCCAGCCAAACUCUUACACAUUUUUGUUUGAUGAACAACUUCCAGCACAGUAUUAUUCCACAGUCUGGGGUGAGAUGCUGGCAGCUGAUAUAUUUGAAGCAUUCAAUGAAGUUGGAUUUGAAGAUGAUGUAAAAUUAGGUUUAGUUGGCAAAAGAUUUAGAGAAACAUUUUUAUCACUUGGAGGGAGUGUGGCAGGAAGGGACGUUUUCAGGAAAUUCCGUGGCCGAGAUCCAUCCAUACAACCAAUACUGGAACAAUUCAAAAAGGGGCAACUUGUGGAGCAGGAGAGUGCAACUAACUAAGACUAAAAUAUCUGAAAGUUGUUCAAUCACUGUGAUUUGAUAUGAGAUGUUACAAGUGGCAAUUUGACCGAAAUAAUGAUCAACAUUGUCAUUAGACUUAAAAACAAAUAGGAAAUCAUGUCACCAAAAUUGUUACAAUUUUUUUGUAGAAGAUGUAAAUAUUGUUAUUGUAAAUGUGUGUAAAUAAUGUGAUUACUAUAUAGAAACAGUUAUUUAUUUCAAUAAGUUUUGCAUGCAACUUUCCAUUAUCAUGAAUAAUCUGCACAAAGACUUUGGAACUGCACUGAAUUAAAGGGCAUUUCCACCUUAAGAGGUGUUACAUCAUUCUUGAAAUCCUCCAUUAUUUGAUCUGGAAAAUAAAAUAGGCAUACAAAAAUGUUGAAAAUUUCAUUUAUAAAUACUUUUUUUUCUAUCAACACCAGAGUAUAUUGUAAAUUUUAAAAUAAAGUUGAAGACACCUGUUAUUAAUUUAAUUGUUGUACAAUAGAUAAAAGUGCAAGAUGAAUAAUUGCUAUAUUGGGAAAUGUUGCAUACAAAUAGUGCUAUCAGAAUGAAAACGUGAGUUUUUAUUUUUGUGAAACCUGUUCAGUUGCAAUAAUUGCAAUAAUAAAAACAAGUCAAAAAUUCAAAAGUUAUGGUAUUAGAUAAACAACUAUUUUGAUAUGCUGACAGAUGCAAUAGGUCCUAUUGUGCUCAAAAUCCCCAAAGGUUAAUUUUGAAAUGUUGGCAGAUAUGUUAGACAUCACAUUAAGUGAAAGUUUGUUAUAUAUUACAUAUAUUUGUGAAAAUGUAGUCUUUAGUUUGUUUCAUACAUAACUUUAUAAAGCUUCUGAAAAUUUAAAACUUUUGAAGAAAAUUUAACAAAUCUAAUAUUCUUAUCUUCAUGCUUUAUGUUGUUUGUACACAGUACAAAACUGUUAUUAUAUGCAGAAUACGAACUGUUCUAUAUUUGUAAAGUAAGUAUUAAAUAUGUUUUUUUAA